GUCCGGGUCUGUGAUGGGUAAACAUCAAGAAACUGGCGCUAAAGCGGCACCAAUUCGACCACAGAAACACAGACGUUUUGGGGGGUGAACGGGACAGCGUCCAGGUUGGAUAGAACUGUCUCGAGCCUAGCCAAAGAUAUGAGGAUCAAUGAUGCAGACUGCUGGGUUCGAUGAAGCUGGACAUUUAUAACUAGAUUCAUUAAGGAAUACAAAGAAAAUAUUUAAAGGAAUCAAUAAUGGUGUCUUCUGGUUGCAGAAUGCGAAGCCUGUGGUUGAUCAUAAUAAUUAGUUUCUCCCCAAGUACAGAAGGGUUCAGCAGAGCAGCCUUACCAUUCGGGUUAGUCAGAAGAGAACUGUCCUGUGAAGGGUAUUCUAUAGACCUUCGAUGUCCAGGCAGCGAUGUCAUCAUGAUUGAGAGUGCCAACUAUGGUCGGACAGACGACAAGAUCUGUGAUGCGGACCCCUUUCAGAUGGAGAACACAGACUGCUACCUCCCUGAUGCCUUCAAAAUCAUGACUCAGAGGUGCAACAAUCGAACGCAGUGUGUAGUAGUUACCGGGUCGGAUGUAUUUCCUGAUCCAUGUCCCGGAACUUACAAAUACCUUGAAGUUCAAUAUGAAUGUGUCCCUUACAUUUUUGUGUGCCCUGGGACCUUGAAAGCAAUUGUGGACUCACCAUGUAUAUAUGAAGCUGAACAAAAGGCAGGUGCUUGGUGCAAGGACCCACUUCAGGCUGCAGAUAAAAUAUAUUUUAUGCCCUGGACACCUUACCGCACCGAUACUUUAAUAGAAUAUGCUUCUUUAGAAGAUUUUCAAAACAGCCGCCAGACAACAACAUACAAACUCCCAAACCGAGUAGAUGGUACUGGAUUUGUGGUGUACGACGGAGCUGUCUUCUUUAACAAAGAAAGAACACGAAAUAUUGUGAAAUUUGACUUGAGGACUAGAAUUAAGAGUGGCGAGGCCAUCAUCAACUACGCCAACUACCACGAUACAUCGCCCUACAGAUGGGGUGGGAAGACUGAUAUUGACCUGGCCGUGGAUGAGAAUGGCUUAUGGGUCAUUUAUGCCACCGAGCAGAACAAUGGGAUGAUAGUGAUUAGCCAGCUAAACCCAUACACUCUUCGAUUCGAAGCAACGUGGGAGACGGCGUACGACAAGCGCGCGGCAUCCAAUGCUUUCAUGAUAUGCGGAGUUCUCUAUGUGGUCAGGUCAGUGUACCAAGACAACGAAAGCGAAGCAGGCAAGAACACCAUCGAUUACAUUUACAACACUCGGUUAAGCCGGGGGGAGUACGUGGAUGUUCCUUUCCCCAACCAGUACCAGUAUAUUGCCGCAGUGGAUUACAAUCCCAGAGACAACCAGCUCUACGUAUGGAAUAAUAACUUUAUUUUACGGUAUUCUCUGGAAUUUGGUCCACCUGACCCUGCCCAAGUGCCUACCACAGCUGUGACAAUAACUUCUUCAGCUGAGCUGUUCAAAACCACAGUGUCAACCACAAGCACUUCCCAAAGAGGCCCCGUGAGCACCACAGUAGCUGGACCCCAGGAAGCAAGCAGAGGGACAAAGCCACCGCCAUCAGUUUCUACAACCAAAAUUCCUCCUGUAACAAAUAUUUUUCCCCUGCCAGAGAGAUUCUGCGAAGCAUUAGACGUGAGGGGGAUAAAGUGGCCUCAGACACAGAGGGGAAUGAUGGUUGAACGGCCCUGUCCCAAGGGAACGAGAGGAACAGCCUCGUAUCUCUGCAUGGCUUCCACGGGAACAUGGAACCCAAAGGGCCCGGAUCUUAGCAACUGCACCUCUCACUGGGUGAAUCAGCUGGCUCAAAAGAUCAGAAGUGGAGAGAAUGCUGCCAGUCUAGCCAACGAACUGGCUAAGCACACCAAGGGGCCUGUGUUUGCAGGGGACGUGAGCUCUUCAGUGCGGCUGAUGGAGCAGCUGGUGGACAUCCUGGAUGCUCAGCUGCAGGAGCUGAAGCCUAGUGAGAAGGAUUCUGCUGGGCGGAGUUAUAACAAGCUCCAAAAACGAGAGAAGACGUGCAGGGCUUACCUUAAGGCAAUUGUUGACACAGUGGACAACUUACUGAGACACGAAGCUUUGGAAUCCUGGAAACACAUGAAUUCUUCUGAGCAAGCACACACAGCCACGAUGUUACUGGAUACACUGGAAGAGGGUGCAUUUGUCCUGGCGGACAAUCUCUUGGAACCAACCAGGGUUUCCAUGCCCACAGAAAAUAUUGUUCUGGAAGUUGAUGUACUCAGCACCGAAGGGCAGGUCCAAGACUUUAAAUUCCCUCUAGGCAUCAAGGGGGCCGGCAGCACCAUCCAGCUCUCAGCAAACACUGUCAAGCAAAACAGCCGGAAUGGGUUGGCAAAGCUGGUGUUCAUCAUUUACCGGAGUCUGGGACAAUUCCUGAGUACUGAAAAUGCUACCAUAAAGCUGGGUGCAGACUUCGUUGGUCGGAACAGCACCAUCGCAGUGAACUCUCACGUCAUUUCCGUUUCCAUCAAUAAAGAGUCCAGCCGUGUGUACUUGACAGACCCCGUGCUUUUCACCCUGCCGCACAUUGAUCCUGACAAUUAUUUCAAUGCAAACUGCUCCUUCUGGAACUACUCAGAGAGAACCAUGAUGGGAUAUUGGUCUACCCAGGGCUGCAAGCUGGUUGACACUAAUAAAACUCGCACAACGUGUGCAUGCAGCCACCUAACCAAUUUUGCUAUUCUCAUGGCCCACAGGGAAAUUUCAUAUAAAGAUGGAGUUCACGAAUUGCUGCUUACGGUCAUCACCUGGGUGGGCAUCGUCGUCUCACUCGUCUGCCUGGCUAUCUGCGUCUUCACCUUCUGUUUCUUCCGAGGUUUACAGAGUGACCGCAAUACGAUCCACAAGAACCUUUGUAUCAACCUUUUCAUUGCUGAAUUUAUUUUUCUAAUAGGCAUUGAUAAGACAAAAUAUUCGAUUGCAUGCCCCGUGUUUGCUGGCCUUCUGCACUUCUUCUUUCUAGCGGCUUUUUCUUGGAUGUGUCUGGAAGGAGUGCAGCUCUACUUAAUGUUAGUUGAAGUUUUCGAGAGUGAAUAUUCAAGGAAGAAAUACUAUUAUGUCGCUGGAUACUUGUUCCCUGCCACAGUGGUUGGUGUUUCAGCUGCUAUUGACUACAAGAGCUAUGGGACACAAAAGGCUUGCUGGCUUCACGUUGAUAACUAUUUCAUAUGGAGUUUCAUUGGGCCUGUUACAUUCAUAAUUCUGAUAAAUAUUAUUUUCCUGGUGAUCACACUGUGCAAAAUGGUGAAACAUUCAAACACUUUGAAACCAGAUUCUAGCAGGUUGGAAAACAUUAAUAAUUACCGUGUUUGUGAUGGCUACUAUAAUACGGACUUACCUGGCUAUGAAGAUAAUAAGCCAUUUAUCAAGUCUUGGGUGCUUGGCGCAUUUGCCCUUCUGUGUCUCCUGGGCCUAACCUGGUCCUUUGGGUUGCUUUUUGUUAAUGAGGAGACUGUUGUGAUGGCAUAUCUCUUCACCACCUUUAAUACUUUCCAGGGAGUGUUCAUUUUCAUCUUCCACUGUGCUCUGCAAAAGAAAGUACGAAAAGAAUAUGGGAAGUGCUUCAGACACUGGUACUGCUGUGGUGGCCUCCCGACCGAGAGCCCCCACAGCUCUGUGAAGGCAUCAACCACCCGCACCAGUGCUCGAUACUCCUCUGGCACACAGAGUCGUAUAAGAAGGAUGUGGAAUGACACCGUGAGGAAACAGUCUGAAUCUUCUUUUAUCUCAGGUGACAUCAAUAGCACUUCUACCCUUAACCAAGGAAUGACUGGCAAUUACCUACUAACAAACCCUCUUCUUCGACCCCACGGCACUAACAACCCCUAUAACACAUUGCUCGCUGAAACAGUUGUAUGUAAUGCCCCUUCAGCUCCUGUGUUUAACUCACCAGGACAUUCACUGAACAAUGCCAGGGACACAAGCGCCAUGGAUACUCUACCGCUAAAUGGUAACUUCAACAACAGCUACUCACUGCGCAAAGGGGACUACCACGACGGGGUGCAGGUCGUGGACUGUGGACUAAGUCUGAAUGACACAGCGUUUGAGAAAAUGAUCAUUUCAGAGUUAGUGCAUAACAACCUCCGGGGUGGCAACAAAGCCCACAACCUGGAGCUCAAGCUCCCGGUUAAACCUGUGAUCGGUGGUAGCAGCAGUGAAGAUGAUGCGAUUGUGGCUGACGCCUCAUCUUUGAUGCAUGGUGACAACCCAGCGCUGGAGUUCCGCCACAAAGAACUGGAGGCACCGCUCAUCCCUCAGCGGACUCACUCGCUUCUGUACCAGCCCCAGAAGAAAGUGAAGCCCGAGGCGACCGACAGCUACGUCUCCCAGCUGACGGCCGAGGCCGACGACCACCUCCAGUCCCCCAACAGGGACUCUCUGUACACGAGCAUGCCCAACCUAAGAGACUCUCCCUACCCGGAGAGCAGCCCCGACAUGGCAGAGGACCUGUCUCCCUCCAGGAGGAGUGAGAACGAGGACAUUUACUAUAAAAGCAUGCCCAACCUUGGAGCUGGCCGCCAGCUUCAGAUGUGCUACCAGAUCAGCAGAGGCAAUAGUGAUGGUUACAUCAUCCCCAUAAACAAAGAGGGGUGCAUCCCAGAGGGGGACGUCAGGGAAGGACAGAUGCAGCUGGUAACGAGUCUUUAAUAGUACAGCUAUUCCUAGGGCCACACGCAAGUAUUAAUUGAUAAAGGACGCCGCCAGCGGCCCCUGCAGCUCCCCCUAACUCUGCCUGAAGAGUGGGUUCUGAUGACCCGUGGUUCUCCACUGUAGGAAAACAAAACAGACUGAACCUCGUAGUUCCGUGAAUUUUUAUAAAGCAUACGAAAACUUUGUAUAUACACAGAGUAUACUAAAUUGAAUUAUUUGUUACAAAGAAAAAGAGAUGCCAACCAGGUAUUUUAAGUUUCUGCUGCUGUGUAGAGAGAUUGUGAAACAAAUGAGACCCUUCCGGCCAUGUCACCUGCGGCAGUUGGUGAACUAAGUCUGUAAAUAAGGCCGCACCGGUAUUUUUGUUUUGUUUUGUUUUUGUUGUUGUUUUGGUUUUUUGGUUUUUUUUUUUUUUUUUUUUUUUUUUUUUUUUUUUUUUUUUUUGGUGGCCUGCAUUGUAUUAUAUACAAGACGUAGGCUUUUAGAUCCUGUGGGACAAAUUGACUGUAAUUUACUUCUCCUGACAAGACUUGGAAAAGCAGGAGAAGAUUCUGCACCCGUUUGCACUUCCCUGCAAACCUUUUACAUUAAGGCAACAAUUGAAAACAUGUUUAACCAGUAGCAAUCAAGCCACAGGCCUUAUUUCAUGUUUCCUCAACUGUACAAUGAACUAUUCUCAUGAAAAAAAAAUGGCUAAAGAAAUUAUAUUUUGUUCUAUUGCUAGGGUACAAUAAAUACAUUUGUGUCCAACUAAGAUAUAAUUGUCAUUAAAAUAAUUUUAAAAAGAGUUUGGAGAAAAUAGUGACGAGCUCUUGGUUGCACACGAUAGGAAGUGUGUUUUCUUAUUCCCAUCAUGGUAAGUUAUGCCCAGUUUUGCUUCUUUUCCACCGUAGACAGUGUUCCGCUUUGACCAGUUAGUCCUUUUCUUACAUUUGAAUUUCUUAUUGCCAAAAGAGUGUGUGUUAUGGGGAGAAAACUCUUUCAAGUCAGCCCUGCCAUGCCUUGCACAACUGUGGGGAAAUCUGGAGGGGUUGGGUCAUCCCUCUGCAUUCUGGAACAGAGGGCAAAGGGGGCACUGGGCACUUCUCACAACGUUUCCAGUGAACAAAAGGUGCCUAUUCUUUUUUAAAAAAAUAAAAUAAAAAAUAAAAUAAAACAGAAAUAUUACUCUUCCAUAUUCCUUCUGCCUAUAUUUAGUAAUUAAUUUAUUUUAUGGUAAAGUUCUAAUGACAUGUACAUUGUUUCAGCUGAGCUCUGCUCUCCUCCCCAGCCCUUUGUGUAAACCUGUUAAUAAUGAGCCCAUCACGAAUAUCCAGUGUAAAAUUUAACACGGUUUGACAGUAAAUAAAUGUGAAUUUUUU